GUGUGAAGAUGUAAAGGGAUUAGGUGUGCACAUUGCGGCCGCUCAAAUCAUCAACCACCCUAACUCGUGACUCAGAAUAUAUGUAAUUUUCCCCCAAUAAGAAAACAAAUAAAAUAUAAACAUUACGGGCUAACUGUUAAUCUCAGUCUGACUGAAUCUCAGCAAAAUCCAAGGCUUCAACACUCCGUAACACAAUUAUUAGCCUGUGGGUUGCCAUUGUUGAAAUGGGGUAUGCCAUGAGUAGGCUGGAGAUAGAAUCUGAGUUGUUUGAAGGCGGUAAUGUCACCAGUGAAGCUGGUUGCAGUAACAGGUCCGACAAACCAUUCUGUAAAGUAGACCACGAGAUUGCCCAGCUUACAAACCUUAAAUCAGUGCCUAAUGAACGAUUGCAUCAACUCAUGCCAGGAAAGAAAAAAUUACCUGUUUCCCCAGUGAAAAUGUUGGCAGGUCGAGAAGGUAAUUAUUCAAGAAGAGGAGGAUUCUCAUCAGCAGAUCGUUGUCACAUGAUUAGCCGAUAUUUGCCGGUAAAUGGUCCUUGGCUUGCGGACCAGAUGACCAGCCGAGCCUAUGUUUCUCAAUUUUCAGCUGAUGGUUCUCUAUUCGUUGCUGGGUUUCAGGGAAGCGAUAUUAGAAUAUACAAUGUGGAUAGAGGCUGGAAAGUUCAGAAGAACAUUCUUGCCAAAAGUUUGCGUUGGACUGUUACUGACACAUCCCUUUCCCCUGAUCAGCGCCAUCUUGUUUAUACCAGUAUGUCACCCAUAGUCCAUAUUGUUAAUGUUGGGUCUGCUACCACGGAAUCCCUUGCAAAUAUAACAGAGGUCCAUGAAGGAUUGGACUUCUCUGCUGCUGAUGGAGGGUAUUCUUUUGGAAUAUUCUCUGUGAAAUUUUCAACCGAUGGACGAGAACUUGUUGCUGGAAGCAGUGAUGAUUCGAUAUAUGUUUAUGAUCUUGAAGCAAACAAGCUUUCCCUUCGAAUUGCGGCACACAUGGCUGAUGUUAAUACUGUAACCUUUGCUGAUGAAAGUGGUAAUCUGAUAUAUUCAGGAAGUGAUGAUAAUCUCUGCAAGGUGUGGGAUAGGCGUUGCUUUGUUGCAAAAGAUAAGCCAGCAGGUGUCUUGAUGGGACACCUGGAAGGUGUGACAUUUAUUGACAGUCGAGGAGAUGGUCGCUAUUUUAUAUCAAAUGGUAAAGAUCAGACUAUCAAGCUUUGGGAUACCAGAAAGAUGUCCUCCAAUACCUCUUGCAAUUUAGGGUUUAGGAAUUAUGACUGGGAUUACAGAUGGAUGGACUACCCGCCACAGGCUAGAGAUUUGAAGCACCCAUCUGACCAAUCCAUUGCUACUUAUAAAGGUCACUCGGUCUUGCGAACUCUUAUUCGCUGUUACUUUUCCCCAGAAUACAGUACGGGUCAGAAGUACAUUUACACUGGAUCUCAUGACUCUAGGGUUUAUAUCUAUGAUGUGGUAACCGGAGCCCAAGUUGCAGUACUCAAGCACCAUACAUCACCGGUAAGAGACUGUAGUUGGCACCCAUACUACCCGAUGCUGGUCAGCUCUUCUUGGGAUGGAGAUGUGGUUAAGUGGGAAUUCCCUGGUAGUGGAGAAGCACCAACCCCUGUGAGCAAGAAAAGAAUCCGAAGGAGAUAUUACUACUGAAGGGUUAAGGCCAACCGUAACAUCUGUAAGUUGUAAAUCAUAUAUAUACUAUUCUAUAUAUGUUGUUUAAAUAUAUAUCAGCUCCAAUAAUGAUAAAUUGUUUGAACAAAAUAAACAUACUUCCAUGCAUAUAUAUUUUUCGUUGUACAUAAAUAAACAAUGUAAUCCUCAACGUUUAGUCAAGGGCUUCAUCCUUGAUCCCGUAUGAAGAUCGCAUACAUACAUAUAUAGUGAUUCUGAAUGCGGGGAGCUUGUUCUGGGACGCAGAACAUGCACCAUUACAUAGUUUCAAUCAGAAUUGACUUGGUGUGACAAUGAUGAUAAA